AGAGAAGAAAUGACCAUGGCCAAGUUAACCGAAUCCAUGACAAAUGUCCUGGAAGGUGAUUCCAUGGACCAGGAUGUGGAAAGCCCAGUGGCCAUUCACCAGCCAAAGUUGCCUAAGCAAGCCAGAGACGACCUGCCAAGGCACAUCAGCCGAGACAGGACCAAAAGGAAAAUCCAGAGGUAUGUGAGGAAGGAUGGGAAGUGUAACGUCCACCAUGGCAACGUGAGGGAGACCUACCGAUACCUGACGGAUAUCUUCACCACCCUCGUGGACCUAAAGUGGAGAUUCAACCUGUUAAUCUUUGUCAUGGUCUACACAGUGACAUGGCUCUUCUUUGGGAUGAUCUGGUGGCUAAUUGCAUACAUCCGGGGAGAUAUGGACCACAUAGAGGACCCCUCCUGGACUCCCUGUGUUACCAACCUCAAUGGAUUUGUCUCUGCUUUUUUAUUCUCAAUAGAGACAGAAACCACCAUUGGUUAUGGCUACCGGGUCAUCACGGACAAGUGCCCCGAGGGAAUUAUUCUCCUCUUAAUCCAGUCUGUGUUGGGGUCCAUUGUCAACGCCUUCAUGGUAGGAUGUAUGUUUGUGAAAAUAUCCCAACCCAAGAAGAGGGCAGAGACCCUGGUCUUUUCCACUCAUGCGGUGAUCUCCAUGCGGGAUGGGAAACUAUGCCUGAUGUUCCGGGUAGGUGACCUGAGGAAUUCCCACAUCGUGGAGGCUUCCAUCAGAGCCAAGUUGAUCAAGUCCAAACAGACUUCAGAGGGGGAGUUCAUCCCCCUCAACCAGACAGAUAUCAACGUAGGGUAUUACACCGGGGACGACAGACUCUUUCUGGUGUCGCCGUUGAUUAUUAGCCAUGAAAUUAACCAACAGAGUCCCUUCUGGGAGAUCUCCAAAGCCCAACUACCUAAGGAGGAACUGGAGAUUGUGGUCAUCCUGGAGGGAAUGGUGGAAGCCACAGGAAUGACGUGCCAGGCUCGAAGCUCCUACAUCACCAGUGAGAUCUUGUGGGGUUACCGGUUCACGCCCGUCCUAACACUGGAAGAUGGCUUCUAUGAAGUAGACUACAACAGCUUCCAUGAGACCUAUGAGACCAGCACCCCAUCCCUUAGUGCCAAAGAGCUGGCCGAGCUGGCCAACAGGGCAGAGCUGCCCCUGAGUUGGUCCGUGUCCAGCAAACUGAACCAACAUGCAGAACUGGAGACAGAGGAGGACGAGAAGAACCCAGAAGAACAAACGGAGAGGAAUGGUGAUGUGGCAAACCUAGAGAAUGAAUCCAAAGUGGUGACGCUGGACUCCUAGUGUGGAUUGAGAAGUAUUUCUUCUAAUUACAUCCUCUGAAAGAGAUUACAGAGAAUUGAUAUAUUUUCCUCCUUAACCACUUGGAAGAAUCCACCCAGAAUGAGCCCAUCUGGACCUAGUGCUUUCUAGUUGGAAAGGUCAUGAAUAAUUUACUUAAAGUCGGGGCUGGAGAAAUGACUCAGCGGUUAAGAUUGCUUGUUGUUCUUGCAGA